GUCGCGUGUUUUAUGACUGUGAAGUACAAAAUGACGCACUUUGCGAAACAAAAAAAGAAAAUACAAGAAGAAACAGAAAAACACGACGAAUCAAACAACAAGAAAUCUGGGCUGGCACAAUGUUACCCAAACUACAUCUCCCGAGAAGAAGCAAACAACGGUUUGAGGACAGGACACUUCAUUAAAGGGAUUCUACGCAUAAAUCCCAAUUUUACAAAACAGUCAUACGUCACCACGGAAAACUCGUCUGGACCCUGCUACGUUAUAUCUUCGUUUAUUGACAGAAAUCGAGCCCUGGAUGGAGACGAAGUAAUUUUGCAAAUGGAGGAGAAUAAUUCGGAAAAUCAAAAAGGACCCCAAGUCGUGUUUAUUUCCAAAAAGGUGCAAUCAAGACUAGCGGUGGGUUUUUUGACACCAGUCGAAAACAACACCAACUUCGCUUUAUUUUCACCAAGAGACAAAAGAGUUCCGAAAAUGAGCAUCCACAAGUCGCAGUGGCCCAAAAAUUUCGACUUACACCCAGAGCACUUUAAGGACGUUUUAUGCGUUGCGCAGAUAUGGAAAUGGAUCAAAAUUAAACGAGCCCAAGGAAACAUUAUAGAGGUUUUAGGAGUUUCUGGCAACUUGAAGUGUGAAAAUUUAGCAAUUUUGAAAGAGUUUUGCCUUACCGCCUACUGUGGUAUCGGUUUAUCGUCACACUUUUUACCCGAUCUACCUAGAGAAGAUUUGCGAAUGAAAUGCGUUUUUACUAUAGAUAAUUCAGGCACUAGGGACAUGGACGAUGCGUUGUCAUGGCACGAAUUACCGAACGGGAACUACGAAAUCGGUGUUCACAUUUCUGACGUUUCGCACUAUUUGAAAGAAGGCACCGCAUUGGACGAGACUGUCAAAACAAAAGCCACAAGCGUCUACUUAGUAAACGCUUCGUACAAUAUGCUACCCGACGAUUUGUGUUCUUUGUGUUCCUUAGAACCAAACAAAGAAAGACUCACUUUUUCUAUAUUUUAUGAAACAACUCGUGAUGGUAUUGUUCUGCGUAAGCGAGGUGCUAAAAGCGUUAUUAACUCCUGUGCUGAGUUAACUUACACGCAUGCGCAGAUGCUCCUAGACGCUCCUAACACAAUUUUUGAUAGAAACUCCCUUCCACCGAUUUAUCACGGCUUCACACCUCAAGAUUUAAGCAAAGCGGUGAAUGCUCUUCAAAAAGUUGCACUACAAUGCAAAGAAGAAAGACGUAGAAAGUAUGGCUUGAGAAAACAAUCACCUUCUGUCACGUUUCGACUUGACCAAGUGACUGGAGAACCUAUUGAAUUGGUGAAACAAGCAUACAUUGCGUCGCAGCAACUAGUAGAAGAGCUUAUGCUUCUAACCAAUGUUACUGUAGCAGAAAGGGUCUAUCACUAUUUUCCGCAGUUAACUCUCCUGAGAGUGCAUGAACCACCAAACAUUGCCAAAAUAACUCGUCUAAAAAAAAAUUUACAGUCCUUGGGAAUCCAUAUUGAAGUUUCGUCGUCUAAGAAAAUCCAGGAAUCCAUCGACAAAUACAACAUCGAUGACGCUUUCGCAGUGGUCCUCAACCGUCUCGUCGGCAAGUGCAUGCACAAAAAAAAGUACAUAUGUAGUGGAACUUCCAAGAAUGCCUCCUUUGAACAUUUCAGUCUCGGUUUUCCAAUAUACACCCACUUCACGUCGCCUAUAAGAAGAUACGCCGACAUCGUAACACACCGUCUUUUAGCAACCAGUUUACAAUACAGGAAACAUUUCAGACUAAAAGUGCCCGAAAUUUCAGACAUUGCGAACAUUUGUAACGGGCAGGAGCUUCGAGCUGAAAAAGCAGCUGACGCUAGUUUUGAUUUAUACUUGGCUCAUUUCGUUGAAAGCCACCAACCGUUUAUAGAAGAAGCAGUUGUGUAUAACGUGAAAAAGGACUGUUUCGAUGUCGUCGUUUUCCGCACGGGACGUUCGCUUCGGGUUUACGCAAACACUUUUGACGAAACGUGGGAGUGGAAAUCUGAUAAAGUUGUUGUGGAAGGAAACGCUAAAGCGAUGUGGAAAAUGAGUAUUGGGUUUCCGGAAACGUCGUUAGUUGUGGAUGUGUUUAGUGUGGUUAAAGUCAAGUUAACGAAAGCGACUAGGUCCAAUCGCUUGAAAGCCAACUUGUGUAGGCCAUGAAAACCAAAUUGUAAAGUUUUACAAGAAUAAAAGCAUAGAUUAAUAUAGA